CAUGGCCAAGAGUCCAUCUCGAGUCACAUUCCACAGUCCCACACCCACCCGGAAGAAAAAUGCCAUCCUCAUUCCUAUUCUCCAUCUCCACUCUGUCCCUCCUCCUCCUCCUCCUUCUCCUCCUCGCCGUCGCCGGCGAGCCACCGACCGCAGCCAGAUCCCGGACGGGCGAAUCCGACCCGACCCCGACGCCGUGGCCGCACCAAUUCCACUCGGUGCUGUUCAUGAACUCCACGGGCUCGCUCCAGCUGAUCGACCUCUGGUACGACUGGCCCAACGGCCGCAACUUCAACAUCGUCCGCGACCAGCUCUCCGCCUCCCUCCUCUACGACCUCGAGUGGAACAACGGCACCUCCUUCUUCUACACCCUCGACGGCGACUCCCCAAGCUGCCGCACCGCCCAGCUCGAGGUCGGGAUCCUCCGCCCCGGCUGGCUCGAGGGGGGUAGCUAUCUGGGUCGGCGCCACGUGGACGGGUUCCUCUGCGACGGGUGGGAGAAGGCGGAUUUCAUCCGGUAUUACGAGGAUGUCGAGACCAAGAGGCCCGUCCACUGGCGUUUCUACACUGGGAGAGAAGCUCACGUGAUGACAUUCGAAGUCGGAGCUGCACUUGAAGACGCCAAGUGGCAAGCCCCUGCUUACUGCUUCGACCAGAAAGAAGUGGAAGAAGAUGAAGUGGCGCCGAGAGGAGGAGGUUCUGCUUCUGCUAGUCUCUGAAACGUGCAAAAGUUUCUGUUUUGAUCCCUCCCCACAGUACUCUCCAGCUGUUUCACUAAGGCUGAUGAUCAAUUCACGGCCAUCAGUAGUUUUAGUUAUGUGACACUGUGUCAUCUGCUGGAGUUCUUGUUAAGUCUGAUGCGAAAACUGACUUUAAAUAUCACAACCUGAGCAAUAAAACAACCGGAAGAACAACACAUCCAAUGGUGCGGUCCUUUGAG